UCCUUCUUCGGGGGCUGUCGGCCUCUUCCGGUUACGCGACAAAAAGAAGAAAAAAAAAAAAGAAAAGAGCGAGCGAGUGAGAGAGGCACGGAAAACACAAGGAAAAAUACAUUUCUCGGCGAGAACAGCGAAAACUUAACUCCACAGAGUUGAUCGCUAUUAAGGAUCGACUCCGACGCGACGCCAUUAAAAAGCCAAGGAGAAGCCGCCGCAGCGGGCACGACGCAGCUAAGAGAGCCCGGAGCUCAGGAGUUUAUUGUUCUUCGCCGCUGACUCGCUCCCUCCAGCUGAGCUAUUUCUGUACGUAGCCGAGCGGGCUAACGUCGGCCAGCGCUGGCUGCCAACGCGGUGCGGGUCCCCAGCUCUCCGUUGAGCCGCAGCGAGCGGCUCUCACCACCAACAGCGGCGGGGCUAAUCCGCUCGGCGCGCGGCCGGAGCUCGGUGUCGACCUCGGCUAGCUCGGCUCGGGUGUGCGAGAAUGGCAACGUCGGCUCUGUACGCCUGCACGAAGUGCAACCAGCGGUACCCCUUCGAGGAGCUGUCGCAGGGCCAGCAGCUUUGCAAGGAGUGUCGCAUUGCGCACCCGAUCGUAAAGUGUACAUACUGCAGGUCUGAGUUUCAGCAGGAGAGCAAAACGAAUACAAUCUGCAAGAAAUGUGCCCAGAACGUCAAGCAGUUCGGAACGCCCAAACCCUGCCAGUACUGUAACAUCAUUGCGGCUUUCAUCGGGACGAAGUGCCAGCGCUGCACCAACUCAGAGAAGAAAUAUGGACCCCCACAGACCUGCGAGCAGUGCAAGCAGCAGUGCGCCUUUGACCGCAAGGAGGAGGGGAGACGAAAGGUGGACGGCAAGCUGCUGUGCUGGCUCUGCACUCUGUCGUACCGCCGCGUCCUGCAGAAGACGAAAGAACAGAGGAAGGGCUUCGGCUCCUCCAACUCCUCCUCGCUGAACGAGAAAGACCACCACUCCAGAUCGCACCACCACCACCAUCACCAUCAUCACCACCACCACCCGCACAGACACAGCAGUUCCCACCACAAGCUGAGUGGGAGCUUGAGUCCUGAGCAAGAGCCGGGACUGUGGAAGCAGAGCCAUAAAUCGUCUUCAAUCCAGAAGGAGACUCCAAAGAAGAAACCAAAGCUGGAGAUGAAGCCAUCCAACGGGGACAGCAGUUCCAUCACCCAGUCCAUGGACUCUGGUGGAACGGACAACUUCAUCCUCAUCAGCCAGCUGAAGGAGGAAGUGAUGUCACUAAAGAGGCUUCUUCAGCAGAGGGAUCAGACCAUCCUGGAGAAGGAUCGGAAGCUCACAGAGCUUAAAGCGGACUUUCAGUACCAGGAGUCAAAUAUGAGAGUGAAGAUGAACCAAAUGGAGAAGGCUCACAAAGAGUCCAUGGAGCUGCAGCAGGCCAAGAACAGGGAGCUGAUGAAACAAGUCGCCGCCCUGUCGAAGGGCAAAAAGUUCGACCGAACAGGAAGCUCUCUGCUGUUGCCCUAACGACGGGCCGGUCAGCGGACGACGGCAAAGAGCGACUUCAUUCUCGUUACACUGUGAGAGUCUCCCUCCUGUGUUUCCUCAUUGCCAUCUACUUUGAUCGCUGCUUACACGCCGAAGGGAGAGACGACGUCGUACGAGGAUACCAGCUGUUACAUUCUCUGGAAAAAAAUAAAAAUAAAAAAUGCAUAUUUUAGGUGUGCGAUGGCGAGAUCGCCUUGAGGGUCAGGACUUUCGAUGGAGCCCUUGUUUCUAACACUGCCGGGCCAAAACAAAACAAGCUUGGUGUGCUAAUGUGGAGAGCAUUCUGGUGACUCUUGGUGAUUAUGGAUGUCAUGCAUUUAUUUAUUCAGUUGUAUUUCUUACCCCUUUUCCUUUUUUUUAGUAGCCCACAUUUUGGGGGAAGGGGGUCUCUUCAAUAGCAGUCAUCGAUUUAUAUUUUUCUAUGUGGAUGCGAUUGUGCAAAAUGAGCUCUCCAUGACAGAGAUUAUGUGAAAAUGUACAAUGUAUGCAAAUGUGGAGUGGGUCAUCGUGGAACAGCAGAGCGCUCCCUGGAACGACUCCGGAAAACCAGCAGCAAGCCGUCUGAACGGCCGUCUGAGGCCGUUUGGCUCCCCACGUUCUCACUGUGCGACAGCUGCAGGGGCUUUGCAGGUCCUCUGCGCUGGAGCAGUCGCAACACAGCAUGAUUUUACUGCCAGACACCAGAACGAUGUUGUGGUGAGACUUAUUUCUCCUCCUCCUGCUCCUUUUUAAUUAUAAUUUUUUUUUUUUAAGGCUAACUUUUAAAUGUAUUUCUGGUCUCGAUCAUUGUAUUUAAACCAUUGCUUCUGUUUUUAGCGAGUACAUAAUGUGUAUAGUACGGCCAGUCGAAAUGAACUCGUCUGUAGAAGAUGCUUUUUAAAGGAACACACCUAUCACCCUACAUUACUGGGUUGGUUUCAUACCGUGGCGUUCAGGAUCACUUUUGUACUUUUUUUCAAACUCAAGUGUUUAAAACUAUUAAAAACUGGCUAAACUGUUA